GAGAGAAGUGACGUAUCAGGAAGUGAAACGUGAACAGAAGUAGAUGGCGGGAGAGCGGAAAUGCGUUAAAACAGGCGAAAAACGACAAGCAGAGCGAAAGUAAACCUGUAAUGUGGAGGAAACGGACAGUGAGCGCAGUGUAACCGUGACAACGAGACACGAGGACGGAUUUAAAGUGAUCAUAAAAUCGUCUCCAGACGGUCGUCGUUCGGUGAUGAUAAUGGAUCUGUUUGCCAAAUGCCAUUAAGCUGUGAGAGAGAGGUGCUGUGGGUAUGCGGCCAUGGCUGCUGUUUGAUGAAGUGGACUGAACUUAAAGGAGAGACACAAAUUAAAGUACUGAUCCCGUCACAUUAGUGUGGAUUUGGUACCAAUACCAUUGUCGGUAUCGCUUCUAUCGAUGCUUGUAUGGAUCUGUCCAGCCUCAGCUGAAGCAGCAAUGAGUUCAGUUCAGUAUCUGAGAGAGUUCAUCAAGGAGAGACUAACUGCUGUUUGUGAAGAAAUCUUCUCAGAGGUUCAAAAAACCAUCGUCCAGUAUGAGGAGGAGAUCAACCGUCAGCACAGACUGCUGGAUAUCAGCCGGAAACCCGACAGAAACUCACACAUCACAGACCUCCCACAACAACAUGACUGUGAGGAAGAGGAGGGUCUGGAUGAGCAGCAGGUCUGUAACCAGGAGAGGAACUCCAGUCUGGACCAGGAGGACCCAGAGCCUCCACAGAUUAAAGAGGAACAGGAGGAACUCUGCAGCAGUCAGGAGGGAGAGCAGCUUGGACUGAAGCAGACUGAAGGCAUUAUCGUCUGGACUGAUGAAGAGCAGCUCAGACUGAUGGAGACCAUCUGGAAACCUGAGAUAAACUUGCACAGAAAAGACCUCCGACACCAACACAUUUGUGAGAAGGAGCUUCUCACAGACCAGCAGAUCUGUAACCAGGAGAAGAACUCCAGUCUGGACCAGGAGGACCCAGCGCCUUCAUAUAUUAAAGAAGAACAAGAGGUACUCCGCAGCAGUCAGGAGGGAGAGCAGCUUGAACUGAAGCAAGAGACUGAUAUCUUCAUGGUGACUCGAUCUUAUGAGGAAAGUGACCACAGUGAACCAGAGUCAAACAAAGAGCAGCUCCUUUUUCACAGCUCUCCUGAAGCAGAGAGCCAAGAUCAUGAAGAAAGCCAGCAUGUGGACUCAGGAUCAAGUAAAAAUGCAGAGCUGAAGAAGAGGAAACGCAGUCAGAGCUUAGACAACACCACUGUGUCAGAGAGUCAAAGUAAAUCUGACAAAGUGAAAAAGUAUGUACAAUGUGAAAUCUGUGGGAAAACCUUACAUACAUCUAAUCUGACUGCACAUUUAAGAGUUCAUACCGGUGAGAAACCACAUUGUUGCACCACUUGUGGCAAAGGAUUCAUUCAGAAAUCAAAUUUGAAGCGUCAUUUGAGAACACACACAGGUGAGAAGCCAUUUCCUUGUAGCACCUGUGGGAAAAGUUUCGGUCUGAAACCAGAGUUGCAACGCCAUCUAAGAAUUCACACAGGUGAAAAGCCACAUUGUUGUAACACUUGUGGGAAAAGAUUUACUGACCUGUCAGGGAUCAUAGCUCACAGGAGAGUCCACACAGGUGAGAAGCGGUAUUCUUGUAAUACUUGUGGGAAAAGAUUCAUUCAGAAAUCGGGAAUGAAAACUCAUGUAAGAAGUCACACAGGUGAGAAGCCGUAUUCGUGUAGCACGUGUGGGAGAAAAUUUAGUCAUAAAUCAACACUGCAAACUCACGUAAAACUUCACACGGGAGAGAAACCACAUUCUUGUAGCAUCUGUGGCAAAAGCUUUGUUCAAAAGCCACACUUAAGUAGGCACAUGAAAAUUCAUACUACUUAAAGUUUCGUGCUUAGAUUAGAUAGCUGUGAGUAGUAGUAGUAGUCUGUUGGUCAUAAAGCUCACACUGACCAGAAGUUUAAUGACUGCAACACUUGAGUGAAAAAGUCAGUAUUUUUUGUGUAGAGCAGAGCAGUAAAAAGAAAUGUUUUUUAUUUAUUUAUACAAGGAUGAUACAUAUUAACAUUUCUGCAUUUUAAAGCCUAUCACAGCUGACGUAGGCUGAUAUGGGUAUGCCCUGGACAGGUCAGCUCCUUAGCUAAAAAAUAGACGGGCAAUUAUUCACACCUGUGGGCAAUUUGGCAAGUAACUAAUGCACCAGUUAAUAUAAAAAAAUAUAAAAUCAAACCCUUAAAAAACAGCAAUAACAACAAUAUUCAUAAUAAAACAAUCAGGUGUUACAAUAAGAUGCCUCUACAAAAAUCAGUUCCUGUCCACCACAAGACAGAGGGGCACAUCACAGUCCUGAUACUUCCGGGGUGUGUCACUCCUCUUGCUGUCCACCUCGAGAUGGUGUAUAAAUAAGCGUCUGCCUUUAGUGCCUUUUUGGACAGCAGCUUUGUCUGUGACGAUGGGAACACGAAUCUGCUCAGCUCUUCUGCUGUGAGGAAUGCCUGUCUCCAUGCUGACACACCAGCUCUGCAACAAAAUCUUUGUGUGCCAUGGGCAGCACCUGCAUGGCACUUAUCGCCUCACGGUGCAAAAUGAAUGCUUUUCUUGUCUCAAUCUCCAGGAAGUGUAACAGCACGGUCCCGUACCAGCAGCAGUCUUGCUGUGGGUGGAAUAAUACUGAAUGAACUGGUCUAGUAUGUCAGCCCCUCUCACAGCCCAGUGUCCAUCUGCAUCCUCCACCUUUCUUUUCACCGUCUCCCCUGAACAUACAGGUGGAUGGUGGUGCACACAGGCACCUCCCACGUGCCCAUCCACUUCACAAUAACAAGUGGGUCAUCUCUGAUCCAUCUCACAGAUCCCCUUUCACAUUUUUUGCUGAGAGUAUUUUCCCUCCCUGCUGGGCAUUCCCUGUGUAGAUACUACAUGCACCAAAUCUUAUGCUGGUCAGAUCCAGGAACAUUUGGGACUGGUAUAAAACAACUGUCCAUGUAAACAUGGCAUCCUGUGCUAAGCAACAGCUGAAAAAGGUUCAUCACCACAUCAUAAGGCAGCCCAUGAUCACUUGCUUUUGAAGUCUUAACAGUGUAUGUGAUGAAUCUAAAGGUUGAGCCACUGUUGAUUCAGCCAAUGUAAAACUUUUCAUCCCUCAUUUAGUUGGUUUGUCCGUCAUGUAUUGUGUCAGGCCAGGCUUUGCUUUAGGUGCCACCAUCCUUUCAUCCACUGACAGUUCCCUCCUCGGGUGUUAAUAAGCUGGCUGGCACAGAGGAUUUCAUCAUUUUUUACAUCCUACUCAGGAUCAGUGAGGUUGAUGUUCCAAAAUAUGGCUCUGAACCUGUCUCUUGUCAUUAUGUCAUUGAUGGAAGGGGCACAGACAAGGCAUAAUUGUGUCUCCAGUAGUCUUAGUCUUGGCAGCAAUAUGUAAAUCCAGAGACCAAAAAGCUGAUAGAAAUCUUCUGUUUCUACAUCAGUCCAUUGGUAUUCUUUGCCUAAAUCCGGAUUUGUUUUUUGUUUUUUUGCAGCAUUUUGGUUUGUGUCAGUACAACUUGUGCUGAGUGUGUCAGUGGUAAAAAACAAUAAAAACAGGUCUUUUAGACUACAGCAUUCUCUCAAUUGUCACAGGAGUUGCGUUCUGGGACCCGCGCAAUAGGGGAAAAGUAGGAAAUUGUGCCUUUGUAGCAAAUAUAAGUAGAAUUAUAAUUAAAAAAAAAAAAAGAAUACCAUAUCACAGGUUUCGGCGGCCUAAAGAUGCUUUUUAAUUUUUUUUAGAAUGUAAUUAUUAUAUAUUCAAGACUUUAUUAAUUAUUUAUAAUAUGGAAUAAUUAUUAUUGUUGAUUAAUUAUUAUGUUUUAAUUAAUUUAUCAGGUUUCUGCGCCCUAGGAUGAAAUUCCUGCGAUAAAUCUGCGAUGUGGCGAGUCUGCGAAAGUUGAACGGCGAUGUGGCGUGGGAAUACUGUACUCCAUUCAUAUUAAUUGUAUGGGGGGGGGGGACUCUGUCGGGACUCCUGGUGUUCUUUGUGGCUGGAACUGCCAGGGCUCACUGUGGAUACAGAGGCCCUCGUUCCCUCAAAAAAUUAGAAGAUUUGAGUAAGAGUACAAACUCAUUCUGAUUUAAAAGCCAAGGAAUAGAAGUGGGUUUUUAGACGAGCUUUGAAAGUGUCCAGUGUUGGGGAGGUCCUGAUGUGGUGAAUUUUUCAACCAAUACUUUGUUUUGCUGUGCUUAGAAAACCCUUCCUAUCAACACAAUUUUAAAACUGUUAGUUUUUAGUCUUCACUUUCAACUCAAAUUGAGACAGACUCAGUGAGACUGCAUCUUACUACUUCAUAAUUUUAAUUCGGUGAGCUCAUUUGGAGGCACUGGUGUGUCUGUCGACUAAAGACAUAACUUUACCUUUGCAUUUAAAAUUUAGUGACUAAUAUUUUUAUUUUUCAGUAUUCCAAAUCUGUGGUUCUUUAACUCUAGCAGAGGACAGACCCAAUGUGUCUACAUUUUGGUAACUUACAAUUAAUAACUCUCCUUGUGUUUACACCUUUACUGCCGAAUUUCCAAAUCAUCUAACUGAUUUAAGGCCAAGGCAAUUUACACAUCUAAAAUACAGUUUUAAUAAGGAAAAAUGUAUUAUAUUAAAAAAAAGCAUAUUAUAUUAUAACAUAUAAUAUGCUUCCUAAAUUUUACGGUAAUGCCACUGUACUGGCUGAUUUGGUUACCACAGUAUGAAAGAUGUGGGGGGAAAAAAAUCACAGCAUUAAAUUUAACUGGGCAGCCUUUACAGGCAGAUGAGAAUUGUACAAGUCAAACAGUUCAAUCUUUGUACAAUCUCUCGUUUUGGGCAUUUUUCUAAAAUGGGCUUCAAAUUAUAAUUGAUGAGUCAGUAUUACUUCCCAGUAUGUUAAUUAAUUCAAAUCAAAUCAAAUCAAAUCAAAAUUUAUUUAUAUAGCACAUUUCAAAGACCGAAGUACACCAAAGUGCUUUCCAUAAGAUCAAAGUACAAAUAAAAUCAAUAUAUAAUAAAAUUAUAAAUAUGAAAAUAAAAUGGUUACAUAAUCCAAUGCAAUCCGGAUGCAAAAUUGCCCUAAUUGACCUUAAAUACAAUAUCGAACAUAUAUGUUUUUAAACGUGAUUUAAAAGACUGAAUAGAGUCCGAUGCGCGUAUAUGAAAGGGAAGUGUAUUCCAUAACCUAGGUGCUGCAACGGCGAAGGCACGAUCACCUCUGGUUUUCAGGCGAGACCUGGGUUGCACUAAGAGCAGUUGGUCAGAUGAUCUUAGUGCUCUUAUGGGGCUAUAUGGGCAGAGAAGAUCGGCUAGGUAAUCAGGUGCCAUAUUAUUUAGAAUUUUGUAAGUAAGCAAUAAAACUUUAAAAUCAAUUCUAAAUUUAAUGGGAAGCCAGUGUAAGUUUGCCAAAACAGGGGUAAUAGAAUCGUACUUUUUUGAGCCAGUCAAAAGGCGAGCUGCGGCAUUUUGAACUAGCUGCAGUCGUUAAAGAAGGGAGAGUUGUAGACCCAUAUACAAGGAGUUACAGUAGUCUAGCCUUGUAGUAAUGAAGGCAUGAAUAAGUUUCUCCAAAUCCUUGUAGGGAAUAUAAGAUUUAGCCUUGGAAAUUAGGCGUAGUUGAUGAAAGCUAGAUUUAACCACACUGGAUACCUGUUUAUCUAGUUUAAAUGAGCUAUCAAUAAUGACUCCGAGGUUCCUAACAGCGUCAGUAAGAUGACUAGCAGCAGGACCAAAUAUGUCAUUCAGCCGUCCUGGGGAUGUAUCUCUGUCAAAGACAAUAAUUUCUGUCUUCUUCUCGUUUAAUGUAAGAAAAUUUUGUGAUAGCCAUUCCUUAACAUCCCUUAAACAAUCAAGCAGAAGAUGUAAUGAGGAGGACGCAAGUCCUGUCAGAUGAAGAUAAAUUUGAAUAUCGUCAGCAUAACAAUGGAAAGAGACAUUAUGUUUAGCAAAUAUGGAACUCAAAGGCAACAAGUACAAGGAAAACAACACAGGACCCAACACCGAGCCCUGGGGGACACCACAACGAAGGAGAGCAGGUGUGGAAGAAUAUUUUCCUAUCAUGACUGAGAAUGACCUAUUAGAGAAAUAGGAUUUAAACCAUGUGAGGACAGUUCCUUUAAGGCCAACUACUUGUUCAAGCCUUGUCAAGAGAAUAUCAUGGUCAACAGCGUCAAAUGCUGAUGUCAAGUCCAGUAAGACUAAGAUUGCGGGACACCCCGUGUCAGUAAUUAGGAGCAGGUCAUUGAAAACCCUUAAUAAAGCAGUUUCAGUACUAUGGCGCUGUCUGAAUCCAGACUGAAAGUUUUCAUAUAGACCAUUUCUCUCUAGAUAAGUCUGAAGUUGUUGAAGCACUAUUUUCUCUAGGAUUUUUGACAAAAAAGGAAGUUUAGAAAUCGGUCUGUAGUUCGCUAGCGUAUUAUGAUCAAGGCUAGCUUUCUUUAUAACUGGUUGCACGACUGCAUGUUUAAAGGCAGUCGGAACACAGCCAGAUGACAAUGAUAAGUUCAUUAAAAUUAGGAUACAGGGCCCGAUAGUAUCGAACGCCUCCUUAAUUAUGCGCGAAGGGAUGGUGUCAAGCAAAGAGUUUGAAUUUUUCUGGGUAUUAAUUAAUUCUUUUAACGUCGUGAGUGAAGCCAGUUCAAACCGAUGGAAGGCAGCUGAACAUACUGAGAUUGGGGCAUGAUUUACAAUCAGGGGGUGUGAGGCCCUUAACAGUGAAAUUUUAUCUACAAAAUAGUUCAAGAAUUUCUCACAAAGGGCCGGGGAGGCAUCCAUCAAGACGUCAGGGCAGGGAUUAACCACUGAGUUAAAAAUUUUAAAUAGAACUCGGGGGUUAUGGCUGUUAGUUGCAAUAAUGUUUGACAAGAAAGACGUUUUAGCCAUUUUAGCGGCCUUCUGAUAUUUGGACCGGGUCAUGUACAGGAUGUCUAAAGACACCUGGAGUUGAUCUUUCUUCCAUUUCCUCUCAGCUCGGCGACAAUCACGUCUGAGGGCAAUGGUAGAUUCAUCUAACCAGGGUUGACGAGAGAUUUUACGGCGUUUGGUCUUUACUGGGGCUACAGUGUCCAAAAUGGAGGAGCAUGUAGAGGUAAUAAAGUUAACUAAACCAUCAACCGAGAGGGAAGCAUUACUAAAGUCAUCAUAGCAAACAGUGUUGGUAAAGGCCUCGGAGAAGAGGGCAACAGACUCCGAAUUAAUCAGGCGUGUUAGGCACUGUGGGCCCACAAAGUUCAGUUCCAAGUUACAUGACUGGACAUUAAACAUAACUGGGAAGUGGUCCGAGAUCCCAGCAUCUUUAAUGUCAGUGAUGGCAAUAUCCAGGCCGUACGACAGAACCAAAUCCAGCAUAUGCCCUUUAGUGUGAGUUGGUUGUCUAACCCACUGAGUAAUAUUAAAUGAGUCAAUGAGGGAUAAAAAAUCCUUGGUGAGGUGGUCAGCCUCACAACAUAAAUGAAUAUUAAAAUCACCACAAAUAAGAACACGAUCAUUAAGCAUUAGGAUAGAUCCUAAAAGGUCAGCGAAUUCGCUGAUAAAGUCCUUGGUACGUUUUGGAGGGCGGUACACUACCACGCAGAGAAUCCGAGAGGGACCAAGCAGCUCCAGAAGUUGUACCUCGAAGUUGGAAUAUGAAGCAGAGGGCAAUUGUCGUACUCUGAAUUUAGUUCUAAAAACCGAGGCUACUCCUCCACCCCGGCCCACAGUCCUAGGAGUGUUGAAGAAUGCGCAAUCUAGGGGAAGAAGUUCCGAAAAGGGAGAGGACUCACCAGGGCGGAUCCAGGUCUCCGUUAAGAACAAAACAUCCAGCCUAGACGCUAGAAAAAAGUCAUUUACAAUAAAGGACUUGUUCGCCAGUGACCUAGUAUUCAGUAGUGCCAUCCGAAGGACGUCGAUUGUGUUGCUCCUAGAUGCACGUCCCAGCUGGCGGAGGUUGGUGUAAUCCACUCCUCUUCCAGUAUCCCACUUCAAACUCCAACCAAGUGGAAACUCUGCUGGUUGUACCAUUGGGGCUUGCUGACCGGCAUAGUGAAUCCACAUGUAUUUGUUUCUGAUCAAUAAUUAUGGAAAAACUAUCACAUAAUUUUCUUGUGAUUGAGAAACACGUUGACAGUUUUUAAUUUUUUUAAAUGUUCAAAAACAGGAAAUUAUUUUGGAGUCACUGUGAGACAUGAAUCGUGUGCCUGUUCAGUAAAUCUUCAACCUUUUGAGUUUUUGCUGUUGCGUACGUGACUACAUCAUCAGGAUACAUUUGAUACUCUGCUUCUUUGUGGGUGUCUGGGUUAUAUAUAGGUAAACAAGUAGUGGUCUCAAAAUUGAACCUUGUGGGAUUCACAUUUUGAAGUUUUUAAAGGAUAAUAGCAAACACUCAACUUGAACACUGCUGUUAAGAAUGCAGAUAUGGCUUAAACCAGCUAUAUCCUCUCAGUAUUCUUUAUUCAGUUUAUAUUAUUUAUGUUAUUAUUGUAUCAGGAAAAUCCUGAUCCUAGAUUUCGUGAAGGUUAAAGUUCAGUUUUGCUCUGAUGGUUCAUUGUUUAGAUCUGUUGUUUAUUAAUGUUUGUGUUGUCUUAAAGUUUAAAUAAAGUCUUGUUUCAAACAUC